CCAUCAAGUCGAAAGAAAUAAGGUGUUCUCUGCUACAGACUCAAGUAUAAAGAGAUGCCAUUCGACCUUGGAGAACAACAUCCCAUCAUCAGCUUCGCAAUCAACAUUCUAAUCACUCCAGCAUCUAAAUUCUAAUAUACCUUUGUGCUUCCAGCAUCUACUUAAUCUAAUCAUCAUGCAUUUCUCCAAGCUUUUCAUGACCGCUAUGGUUGGCGCUGCAUCGGCCGCUCCUGCAGUUAUUCAACAAAGAGCAAUGACUUCCGCCAACGUCGUCAGCGCCAUCAACGACAUUACAGUCCUCAGCGCCAACCUUAAGGUCACUGUUCAAGGAAUCAACUUCAGUCCAAUCGCUGUUCUCGACCCAUCUACCUUUACAGUAUGUGACUGCCCUUCUUCAAUGUUAAAGACAAGACUAACACCUCAAAGCCCGUCGUCAUUGGUUUCAAUGGCAUCAUCACCCUCGUAAAAAAUGACAUUGCAGCUAUGGCAUCAAACCCGUAAGAGCUUCUCAUAUAUGGAAAGCCUUAGAGCACAGCCAGAUCUAACUUGCAACCAGAAUCGGAACCCUUGAUGUCAACGGUCAAACAGCUGUCUGCAGUGCAUUCAGAAAUGUAGGUCGCCUUCCUCAGUCAAUCAUAAAGAUGGAAAGCUAAUGAACCCCCAAGUUUGUUACGGUUCACCAAAAUCUUCUAGCUGUCCUCAUUGGCAAGGGCGGAUUGUUGCAAUCAGUUGGCGGCGCACCCAUUGCGACAGUUCUUCGCGCUCUCGAGGGAGUCGUCGAUACCAUUGCUGAUGGAAUCAUCGACGCUGUCCCAACUUGCGCCGCCGGUGCACAAUCUGAUGCAGCGAGCCUGAAAACGAUGAUCGAGAAAGCUGAAUGCGCCUACACACCUGCAGGAACACUUGGUCUUGACAUCACCUGCCAGCUCCUCCUUGGCCUCAGUUCCUCCUAAUCGCAUCGCGGUGAUUGACUCAAUGGAUUGAGAAUGCUGGACAACACGCACAGGACUCUUUAUGAUGAUAACGACGACGAUAUGCCGACUCGGUCUCUUGGAAUAUUGGUCAAAUGUACAGAUACUCUGGACUACCGGAGAAUCUACGAAACCCCCCUUACGGAUACGAAUGAUUUUGGUGAUGAUUUUAGCUAGUUAGAUAAUGCCCUUAAUAAAACCCAGAAUUAUUUUCUGCAACUCAUGAGUCGUGAUUGAAGGCUGGAAGCAGUUCAGUGACAUAAAGCCCAAAUUUUUCUUUCUAAUGAAAACCUACUU